CGAAUUGUUUGCUUCUUUAUUUAGCGUUGAGUGAUUAGAGCAGACGGAGGGCCAGCGAAAGCAAAGCAAAGCAAAGAAAGGCGAGACACAGAGAGAGAGAGAGAGGGAGAAAGAGAGAGAGAGGGGAAGGGGAAGGGAGGUAGGUCGCUGUGACGAGGAAGAGACGCGGAGAGAUAGGACGGAGGGAGGAAAGGGAUUGAUUUGUUUUGCUUUGAGGAGUCAAAGUAGCAGAGAAGAAGAAGGAGGAGGAGGAGGGAUAUGGGACGGAUGGGGAGAAUGUUUGGUGCAGAUAAUUUUGACAAGAGUGUUGCAAUUGUGAGGGAGGUGAUGAGCAGUUCUGCGUGGAGCGCGGGAGGGCAGAGGCUGUCCAAUUCGUGCGCGCGUUGUCGUGAGAGGCGAGAGAGUGCAUUUCUUUCGAUGUUCACGAGCCAAUGACAUUAGGGGAUGGAUAAAUCUUGAUACACGGUGGGGGGUGUUGUGCACUGGUUGCGGUCCCAGUGCUGUUGUAGAGUACAGACCAAUCGAUUGGUAUGUCUUGAUUCAGGAGUGUUGGAACAUGGAUUGGGCAUGUAUUCCUAACGAAUACUCUACACUAUGCGUUGCGCGUUCGACGGAGGAAACCUCGCGCAGAUUCAUUGAUUACUCUUACGCCGAAGGCCCUCUCGACGAUCCUUUUCUCCGUACCGGCAGCGUGUCAGUAAUCACUCAUCGUUCAUGUCCAAACGGUCCAUAUGUUCCUACUUACCUCUAGCAAAUUUCUACUGGACUCGAUCAUCCUCUCUGCGAGGUAGUACAAAUUGAGUAUAGUUGUAAAUCCCUUUGCCCUGAUUCCGAGAUUGCAUUGAAUUAAUCUCAUGAGUGUCCCAUCAACCCUUUCAAAUGUACAGCGGAUCUUGUCCCUCAUCUACUUGAAAUAAAAUUUUUCCAUAGUUUCGCCAAGUGCGACAUGCAUAUAUUAUAGAACUCGAGCAGCUGUUGGAAUUAGCCGACCAUAGUUACAAGACAAAAAAAUCCCCUACUGUAAUGUUCUUAGCGUAGUUAGUGAUUCCACCCGUUUUGUUGUAGGUGUGAGAGAGGAAGAUGAGUGGGUUGACGAUUUCGCGGGGAUUCGGCCUGGUGGCCGCCCUGGCAGUAUCCGGGACAGCUCUCUUUCUUGCCUACGGCUACAAGAAAAGGACUUUUCUCCACAUCAGGAGGGGCAAGGGAUGUCUGAAAUACGAGCACCAUCGAGGAGAUAUUCCGAAAAAGGAAGGCGUCAUCUCAGUGGAGCUGUCCAGCAAGGGGAAAGACAUUGGGAAAGGAGGCGUCCAUCUGCCUCCUCAAAUGACUCGACGACCUCAAAAGUCUUCUCGUUCUUCCGUCUGCACUCACGAGCCAACUCGAGAAGAGGAAAUGAUCAAGGAAAAACUCGUGAAAUGUCCGGACGCUGCGCUGAUCAGCAUUUUGCACAAAGACGCCCGUUCCAGCUUCAGGGACGCUGAUCAGCUUGUGGAGCAACUCGAGAAUAUGGGUUCCGACACUUCUUCCCUUAAGUCCUCAGAUUUGUCUGGCAGGCCGGACAACGUGAACAAUGGAGCUGAAAACCAAUUGGUGAACGGAGCGAAUGGGAAGGUCGCCGGCAAACCAAAGAAGCAGGUGCGGUUUUGCCCAUCGGUGGCGGAGCCGUCAUCCAACAAUUACGACUACAAGCGACGAGGCAGGCAACAACGUGGCGGCGCACAAACCGUAGCACAAGAGCAACCCUCAGAAGCAAUCCGCACGAUCGCUCACGCGCGUCCCAGGCUCUACUCGCAGGCUGCCAAGCAAACGAUAACCUACAACAUCGGCCGCUUCGAUCACCGCUAUAGCAGCAUGGCUUAUCCACCUGGACAUCUUUGAGGACUUUUAUAAUACAAUGAUUCCUAGAUGCGAGACGGGUCGUGAAAUGGUUCUUCGUGAAUGUCCAGGAGGAAAAAGAAGCUUUAGAAGCCGGUCUGGUCUUACGUGAUGCGAGUAUAUUCUCUGAAGGCUUGUAUUUCUUCAUUCAGGUAGGCAGUCGUUGGAAUUCUCGAAUUGGGUUGGUCCGUCCAUCGCUAGCAUGGGAGUGGCCCCUGUCUCGAGAGUCCUAGGAUGACAUCAGAUCCCCGUUUGCAGUCGGUCUAUGGCGGACCCUCCGACAGGCCUGGUUGUGCUGUGGUGGUGGGCCGUGCCGGGCCUCUGUCGGCUGAAGUACCCAUGGCCCAGCCCACGCCUUGCGUUCUUCCGAGACAGGCCCAAAACCGUGGCCCGGUCAUCCGUCAAUCCGGUCCAUCAUUCCUCUCUGCACUCGAGUCCGGUUGCCUUCGAGGCCCUCACCAUUGGAGACUUGGCCAGGGCUUUCUGUUCCCAUCUCCCUGCUCUGCCAUGCUCGAGUUUUCCCCGAGACCCCUCGACCACUUGACCACUGACCCUCAGCCGUGGGCAGCUAAAUCCCGCCGGGCGUAGGGGGUAGGAAAGAAGUGGGGGCUUCCCGUGUCGACCUGCGGAUAUAUGAGACAUGUGAUAGGAUAUAAUCACUUGUCAUAUUAGAGAGACUUGCGGAAAGUACAGAGCAGUAGCCGCUGCAGCGCCUGCUGGGGCGAGGUUUGGCGUGCUCUAGUUCUCUAGGCUCCCUUCGAUGUAGACUACAGAUGGUCGGGCUCCAUGACAGACUUGUUGUUGACCCAUCAGCGAUGUGCAGUCAGUCAUAACGGGUUGAAUGUUCAUGCGAUUCUCGUCUGAGAUCCCGAAACCUGACUCGCGCUCCUCAAGUUUAGAGUCACCAGGUCCAUCGGCCUGCGUGCAUGCCCGAUCAAAAUGUGAGGGAAAUUGUAAUUUGAUUCCUAAGUAAAAACCGG